AUGGGUUUCAAUCUCAAGCAACAGCUCGUCUUUUACGGUGCUUACCACAACGAACCGACCAAUGUCGCGAUCCACAUGGCUUGUGUACCACUCCUGCUAGCAACUGGCCAGAUACUUUUGACCAACACGCCUGCUCUACGCACUCCGACAAUGCUAUCGCGCCUCAAUCUUCCUUUGAACGUAGCAACUCUUGCCUCAUUGACAUACUCGACUCUCUACCUAGUCCUCUCUCCCAACCUUGCCGGCGCCACUAUUAGUCCACUCGUCCUAGGAGGCGCUGCCUUCGCUAACAGCCUCACCAUCAAGUACGAUCGUACCAAAGCCAAUACUAUCGCUGCCGGCGUGCACAUGGUAUCCUGGAUCCUGCAAUUCAUCGGCCACGGUAAAUUCGAAGGCCGUAAGCCUGCCCUACUAGACAAUCUGGUGCAGGCAUUGUUCCUGGCACCGCUGUUCGUCUGGUACGAAAUCCUGUUCAAGCUGGGAUACUACAAGGGCCUGAAGAAGGAAGUAGAUAGUGCGAUCGAAGUUGAGCUAAGAAAAUUGAAGGCGAAGAAAGGAGAGUAAAC